AUGGCAGAAGAAGUGGUUGUAGUAGCCAAAUUUGAUUAUGUGGCCCAACAAGAACAAGAGCUGGACAUCAAGAAGAAUGAGAGAUUAUGGCUUCUAGAUGAUUCUAAGUCUUGGUGGCGAGUUCGAAAUUCCUUGAAUAAAACAGGUUUUGUGCCUUCUAACUAUGUGGAAAGGAAAAACAGUGCUCGGAAAGCAUCUAUUGUAAAAAACCUAAAGGAUACAUUAGGCAUUGGAAAAGUCAAAAGAAAACCUAGUGUACCAGAUUCUGCAGCUCCUGCUGAUGAUAGCUUUGUUGACCCAGGGGAACGUCUCUAUGACCUCAACAUGCCUGCAUAUGUGAAAUUUAACUACAUGGCAGAGAGAGAGGAUGAAUUAUCAUUGAUAAAAGGGACGAAGGUGAUCGUCAUGGAGAAGUGCAGUGAUGGGUGGUGGCGAGGUAGCUACAAUGGACAAGUUGGAUGGUUCCCUUCAAACUACGUAACUGAGGAAGGUGACAGUCCUUUGGGUGACCAUGUGGGUUCUCUGUCAGAGAAAUUAGCAGCAGUCGUCAAUAACCUAAAUACUGGACAAGUAUUGCAUGUGGUACAGGCUCUUUACCCAUUCAGCUCAUCCAAUGAUGAAGAACUUAAUUUUGAGAAAGGAGAUGUAAUGGAUGUUCUUGAAAAACCUGAAAAUGACCCAGAGUGGUGGAAGUGCAGGAAGAUCAAUGGAAUGGUUGGUCUGGUGCCAAAAAACUACGUUACCAUUAUGCAGAAUAAUCCAUUAACCUCAGGUUUGGAACCAUCACCUCCGCAGUGUGAUUACAUUAGGCCUUCACUCACUGGAAAGUUUGCUGGCAAUCCUUGGUAUUACGGGAAAGUCACCAGGCAUCAAGCAGAAAUGGCAUUAAAUGAAAGAGGGCAUGAAGGUGAUUUUCUCAUUCGUGAUAGUGAGUCUUCGCCAAAUGAUUUCUCAGUAUCACUAAAAGCACAAGGGAAAAACAAGCAUUUUAAAGUCCAGCUAAAAGAAACUGUCUACUGCAUUGGGCAGCGUAAAUUCAGCACCAUGGAAGAACUUGUAGAACAUUACAAAAAGGCACCAAUUUUUACAAGUGAACAAGGAGAAAAAUUAUAUCUUAUCAAGCAUUUAUCAUGA